CCGGCGUCGCCUCAGCCUUUCAGGAAUGAUGUAUUUGUGGCCUUGGACAUGAAGUAAUCAGACCUCUGUUGCUGUUAACAUAGGCUCAGGGGCUGAUGAGGAAAGCAUGGACCUAAUGAACGGGCAGGCAAGCAGUGUUAAUAUCGGGGCUACAGUUUCUGAGAGAAGUAGCAGCUCUGAGUCAUUAAGUGAGAAGGGCUCUGAAUUGAAGAAAAGCUUUGAUGCUGUGGUAUUUGACGUUCUUAAGGUUACACCAGAAGAAUACGCGGGUCAGAUAACACUAAUGGAUGUUCCAGUGUUUAAAGCUAUUCAGCCAGAUGAACUUUCAAGUUGUGGAUGGAAUAAAAAAGAAAAAUACAGUUCUGCACCAAAUGCAGUUGCUUUCACAAGAAGAUUUAAUCACGUAAGCUUUUGGGUUGUAAGAGAGAUUCUCCAUGCUCAGACCCUGAAAAUAAGAGCAGAAGUUUUGAGCCACUAUAUCAAAACCGCUAAGAAACUAUAUGAACUCAACAACCUUCAUGCUCUUAUGGCUGUGGUUUCUGGCUUACAGAGUGCACCAAUUUUCAGGUUGACUAAGACGUGGGCGUUACUAAGUCGAAAAGACAAAACUACCUUUGAAAAAUUAGAAUAUGUAAUGAGUAAAGAAGACAACUACAAAAGACUCCGAGACUAUAUAAGUAGCUUAAAGAUGACGCCUUGCAUCCCCUACUUAGGUAUCUAUUUGUCUGACUUGACCUACAUUGACUCAGCGUACCCGUCCACUGGCAGCAUUCUAGAAAAUGAGCAAAGAUCAAAUUUGAUGAAUAACAUUCUUCGAAUAAUUUCUGACUUACAGCAGUCCUGUGAAUAUGAUAUUCCCAUGUUGCCUCAUGUCCAAAAAUACCUGAACUCUGUUCAGUAUAUAGAAGAACUACAAAAGUUUGUGGAGGACGAUAAUUACAAGCUCUCCUUAAAGAUAGAACCAGGAGCGAGUACACCGCGCUCAGCUGCCUCCAGGGAAGAUCUGGCAGGUCCUGACAUAGGAGCCUCGCCACAAGGCGGGAGGAAGAGCAGUGCUGCCGAGGGAGCCUUACUGCCACAGACGCCCCCGUCCCCUCGGCACCUCAUUCCACAUGGACACAGGAAGUGCCAUAGCUUGGGUUACAAUUUCAUUCAUAAGAUGAACACAGCAGAAUUUAAGAGUGCAACGUUCCCAAAUGCAGGGCCAAGGCACCUGCUGGAUGAUAGCGUCAUGGAGCCACACGCACCAUCACGAGGCCAAGCCGAGAGCUCUACACUUUCCAGUGGGAUAUCCAUAGGGAGCAGUGAUGGUUCUGAACUAAGCGAAGAAACCUCAUGGCCAGCUUUUGAAAGGAACAGAUUAUACCAUUCUCUCGGCCCGGUGACAAGAAUGCCACGAAAUGGCUAUCGAAGCCACAUGAAGGCCAGCAGUUCUGCAGAGUCGGAAGACUUGGCGGUGCACCUGUACCCAGGGGCUGUUACUAUUCAAGGCGUUCUCAGGAGGAAAACCUUGUUAAAAGAAGGCAAAAAACCCACAGUAGCAUCUUGGACAAAGUAUUGGGCAGCCUUGUGUGGAACACAGCUUUUUUACUAUGCUGCCAAAUCUCUGAAGGCUACAGAAAGAAAGCAUUUCAAAUCAACGUCAAAUAAGAAUGUGUCUGUGGUGGGCUGGAUGGUGAUGAUGGCCGAUGAUCCAGAGCAUCCAGACCUCUUUCUGCUGACUGACUCCGAGAAAGGAAAUUCAUACAAGUUUCAAGCUGGCAGCAGGAUGAAUGCAAUGCUGUGGUUUAAACACUUGAGCGCGGCCUGCCAGAGUAACAAGCAACAGGUUCCUACAAACUUGAUGACUUUUGAGUAAAAGCCUGAGAAAGAAGAGGAGCGCUGUUCCCGUGUGGAGCCAGGACCUGCCGAGAGCCCCAGCCGCACCAUCCCGUGCCAGGAAGAGCCCCCAGGCUCCAGCCCAGCCUCCGGAGCUCAGAACCAAAAGCACUAAUUUCAGGGAAUGAAGUGAGAUGUUCCCAGAGAAAAACAAUGGAGUUGCAAAACAAACUGCCAUGAACUACGCUCAUCUCCGAACUGACCUGUGGAAACCACUGCCUUAACAGAGUGCGAGGAGAACCGACACCAAAUAGUGUGUGUGCGCGUCUUCUGGCGGUGCUGUGCUUGGAAUAAAUUGUAGCUAAUUUGCAUUUCUUUUAACUUUGUACUAAUUCUGGAGGGGAAACCAUCUUUUUAGAUACACUUUAAAACGGAAAAACAUUUCUUACGGAUUCCAUCAGGAGCUGUUUAGGUGCAGUGAGAAGUCCUGUGAGGAACAGGCCGACAGCCCACCUGCAGGGUCUGCUCAGCCUCUGCUAGUGGCUCCCUCACUCCUACAGCAAGACCAGGAGUGACAAUGCGGGAGCUGUGGGUGCUGUCUGGGCUAGGGCACGCUUUACCUUGGAUGAGGGAUGCGUUUAAACACUACAGUUUGGAAUUCAGUGCUAGAAGGAGAAUAUGAUUCCUGCAGAGGAGGUACAAUGGCCGAGUGUUCACAUGCCAGCAGGCACAGUAAACACGGAUGUUUCUAACCACAGUUAAAGUUUAACUUUCUGUAUGAAUUCAUUGUUGGGCCCAAAUCCACCUAGGAGCAUGGUGAUCCCGUGCUCCGGUUUCUGUAGCCUUUUCUCGAGUCAAGUGGAUUCUCCAGCCACAGGCGUCAUCGCCUCGGGGAAGACCCUGGUGUUCCCCAGGGUGUUGCCCUUUGCAGUGUUUAAUGUGCAGUAUGCCAGACUUAUUUCUUAUUGAAUUUGUUUUUGUUCAGUAUGAGGUUCAAAAGCAUUCGUGUUUAAAAGACUCUUCAUGUAUAUGUAUGUAUUUUAUUGUAAGACAAACCAGUUUUAAGAAGAAUAAAGGCAAAGUUUGCAGUUCUAGGAAUUAAAAAUAUAAAACCUUU